AGAGAGAAUUUCAAAUUCUCUUUUUUUUUUUGUUCAUCAAUUUGCCAACCCUUUCAUUUAAUUUCAUACACACAUCAUUUUCAUUCCCGAAUUGGUGGGAAAAUUAAAAAAUUCAUUCAAAAUUGCUCAAUUACCGAAUCUACGUUUUCAGCUUGGUUUAGCUGAUAUAUUUGAUCUAAGUCAAUCAUUGGUGAAUAUGUGGAGUUCACCUAAACUUGAUCAUGCAUCACAUCUGGAUCAAUGUUUUGCCGAAUUGAUUGUUGAAUGUCGUCAAGCGGCACCCGGAGCAAGGUUAACAUAUUCCUUAAGGAAUCGUUUGGAAAAAUUAACACUUGAUGAACGAAAACGUAUUGUAAAUCGUUUAUAUGAUGGUUGUUCAUCAUUAUUUAUGGCUUGUAAACGUGGUAAUGUUGAUAUUGUUGAAUAUUUAAUUGAACAAUGUGGUGCAGAUAUUGAACUAAAAGGUAUAUAUGAAGUACAUGAUGAUCGUUCAGUACAUUUGGUUACACCAUUAUGGAGUGCAGCUGUUGCUGGAAAAAUUGAUGUAGUCAAAUGUUUGGUUAAUCAUGGUGCCAAUGUUAAUAGUCUUUCGGAUUCUGGUUCAACACCAGUACGUUCAGCUUGUUUUAUGACAAAUUUAGAAGUUGUAAAAUUUUUAACCGAAAAUGGUGCAAAUAUUUGUAAACCAAAUUAUAAUGGUGGUACAUGUCUGAUUAAUUCAGUACAAAGUGUACCAUUAUGUGAAUAUUUAUUAAAAAAUGGUGCCGAUGUUAAUGCACAAGAUAUACAGCUAAAAACUGCAUUACAUUAUGCUAUACAAGAACAUCGUAUUGAAACAACAAUAUUAUUAUUAGAACAUGGUGCAGAUCCAUAUAAAAAAAAUCGCUAUGGUGAUGAUGCAUUACAAACAGCUUGUUUAAAAGGUGCUCAUCCAAUAUUUGUUUAUCUAGUUGAAACAUUACCAUAUACACGUGAACGUAUAGCCGAAGCAUAUGAAUUAUUAGGUUCAACAUUUCUUGAUGAACAUUUUGAUCUAACAUUAACAUUAAAAUAUUGGAAACAAGCAUUAGAAAUACGUAAUGAAAAUUUGGAUAAUAUUUUAAAGAAAAAUAUCCUACCACCAAAUCCAGCAUUUAUGUGGGCAAAAGAAUUUCAAACUAUUGAUGAAUUAAAUUUAAUUGCAAAUGAUUUGGAUGCAAUGCGUAUGCAAUCAUUAAUUAUUAGUGAACGUAUACUUGGAUCAACACAUAAAGAAAUGAUUUAUAGGCUUAUGUAUCGAGGUGCUGCUUAUGCUGAUGGACUUCAAUAUCAACGUUGUAUUUCACUUUGGAAAUAUGCAUUCAUUUUACGAAUACAAAAAGAUACAUUACUACAUAAUGAAGCUGCUUUUGCUGCUCAUGCCUUGAUAAGACUUUUUCUCGAUUUAAAUGAUAAGCUCAAUAUUGGUCUGGUUCGUGAUGAAUUACGUUAUGAUGAUGUUUAUGAAACAAUCGAAUUGAUUGUUGAUCAAUUACAAUCAUGUAAAGAAUUGUUACGAAUAAGACCAAUUUUCAAAAAACAUCAGGAAAAUUUUGAUAAAAUAUUAAAGAUAUUGACACAUCUGAUUUAUAUAUUGGAUGCAAAUAGUAAAACAAAAGAUGAGGAAAAUCGAACAUUUUCAUUAGUUUGUCGAAUAUAUAGAAUAAAUCCAACAAAUAGUAAUGGUGAUAGUUUAUUACAUUUGGUUGUAAGUAAAACAAAUAUAUUGAAAGCAAAUGUAAAUGGUCACGAAGAAACUUAUUCGACGGUAUUUCCUGAUCUACAUAUUUGUAAUCUAUUAUUAAGAUCUGGUUAUGAAGUGGAUAUAUUGAAUUUAAGUUGGGAAACACCAUUACAUAUUGCAUCAUUACAUCAAAAUUUUAAUGAAAAAAUUGUUAAAUUAUUAUUGAAAAAAGGUGCUCAUAUUGAUCAAAAAGAUAUAACGGGCAAUCAACCAAUAAAACGAUUAUCGGCCAUUAAUAAAUGCAAUAUUAAUCUAAUGCGUUAUACAACAUUAAAAUGUUUAGUAGCAUGUAAAAUACAAAGCUUCAAUCUUCAUUAUGUUGGUAUUGUACCCAAAGAUAUUGAAACGUUCAUUGAUCUUCAUUAAAAUUAUUAUUAUUAUUUGAUUGAUUUCCAAUCAAACUUAUUUCUUAUUGACAACAUCAACAAUCAUUAUCAUCAGCAUCGUUUUUUUCUUGUAUAGACGAAAAAUUCAUCAAAUUGAAAAUGAAGAAGAAACAAAAAUACUCUUU